CUCUGUACCGCAAAUCCCCGUCUCCCUAUAUUCUAUUUCCCGAAACCCUUGACGACGAGGAAGACGCAACGGGAGCUCGCUGAAGAAGGCAUCGACGGGAACAGGGCUUGUGAAGAAGAAGAGGAAUUCGUGAGACGAGCGGAUUUAAGUUUAAUCCGCACAAUACCAGGAUUUACUAAAUUCGGAAUUUAAGGUUCUGUAGGAUAUAAGUUGUCAUUUUUGAACUCGGGAAGUCAACGAAAUCAAGGCAUGGGGAAGAACGAUUUUCUGACACCCAAGGCGAUUGCGAACAGGAUCAAAGCAAAAGGGCUGCAGAAGCUGCGAUGGUACUGCCAAAUGUGCCAGAAGCAGUGCCGGGAUGAGAAUGGCUUCAAGUGUCACUGCUUGAGCGAGAGCCAUCAGCGCCAGAUGCAGGUCUUCGGCAUGAAUCCUAAUCGGGUCAUUGGGGGAUAUUCGGAGGAGUUUGAGCGCACUUUCCUCGACCAUAUGCGCCGUUCCCACCGGUUCUCCCGCGUAGCUGCCACUGUCGUCUACAACGAGUACAUCUCGGAUCGUCACCACGUUCACAUGAAUUCCACGGAGUGGGCUACCCUCACCGAGUUCGUUAAGUAUCUUGGCCGCACCAGCAAGUGCAAGGUCGAGGAGACCCCCAAGGGCUGGUUCAUCACUUACAUUGAUCGGGACUCGGAGACGAUCUUCAAGGACCGCCUCAAGAACAAGCGCAUCCGGUCUGAUCUCGUCGAGGAAGAGCGUCAGGAACGUGCCAUAGCCCAACAGAUUGAGCGCGCUGUAGCCUUUCUCCCUUCCACAUCUGACUCCGUUGAAGAGAAUAAUAAUCCUCCCCAAUCUGAUGACUCCCAGCUCCCACCGCCCAAAUCUAUGGAAAAGAUUAUGUUUUCAAUCCAGCCCUCCUUGGUUGCAUCUUCAAAACCUAACGUAGCAGCGGAUGGGAGCGGCAUUCCUAUGAGUAGCAACUCAAACUUAGGGUUUGGUGAGGAUCCUGAGUCUGAGGAGAAGGCUAAGAAGGCCAAGACUGCUUCUGCAAAAGGCAAUUCUGGUAAUGCAGGUAGUGGUGGCAAAUCGGCACUGGAUGAAUUGAUGAAGGAGGAGGAGAAGGCAAAGGAGAGAAUGAAUAGGAAGGACUACUGGUUAUGUGAGGGGAUUGUGGUGAAGGUAAUGAGUAAGACGUUGGCAGAUAAGGGAUACUAUAAGCAGAAAGGAGUUAUACGGAAAGUAAUUGAUAAGUAUGUAGGGGAGAUUGAGAUUCUGGAGAACAAGCAUGUGUUAAGGAUUGAUCAGGAGGAGCUGGAGACGGUUAUUCCACAGAUUGGAGGUCUUGUCAGGAUUGUGAAUGGGGCUUAUAGAGGUUCAACUGCAAGGCUACUUUCUGUUGACACUGAGAGGUUUUGUGCAAAGGUUCAAAUUGAGAAGGGGGUUUAUGAUAGGAGGGUCCUUCAGGCUGUGGAUUAUGAGGAUAUCUGCAAGGUUUAUUCAUGAGGGACUUCAUAUGCUCAGGUAGGCUUUACUUUGUGUUUAAAGAUGUUUCUAUGGCUUCGAAUCUUUAAUUUCUAGUGCAGAAUGGAGUCAGCGGAUCAUUGCUUAAGGCUUGCCCACUGUGUCAUGUAGCACAUGACAAUUGAUAAUAUAUGCUUACUUUGAAAUUGCCCAAAGUUAUUGGAUGUAAAGGCAGAUUUUCAGGACUGUUGAAUCCAAAUACUACUUGAGUUCUUCUGGAGCUGCUGGAUGAACCAUUACACAAAGCCACCUACUUGAGUUGCUUAUAUUAAAGCUUGGUUUUAUGGUUUUGUUUGAAAGUAUGAGAAAUUUCAGUUGUCUUAUGUCAACAACUAAAUGAUUCUUUGUUUGUAAAAAUAGUUUUUAGGUUAAAUCUUCCCUUUUGAUGCAUAAAAAGACAAUGCUAUUUGUGUUUCUAGAGAAAAAUGGAGAUGACUAGGGAAAUAUUUAUUUAUUUGUUAACUUUCUUGUACAUGAAUAGAUUGAUUAAAUAGAACGUAACUGAGCUGAA